AUGUCAGAAUACGCAUUCGGCUGGUCGUACAACAUGCACGCGGCCCUGUCGAUGGGGCUUCACAUGGCCGGCGUGUUUUUCGGGCUAUUUGUCUGGCAUCUAUUCCCAAAACAUCCGACCCGCUUCAUCACGAUGCCGGCCGAGAGGGUGGCGCUGCUGAUGGAGCCGCCAAUGGUGGAACAAUCCUUAAAAAUUCCUAUCAACAACAACCGGCAGCUCGGA